AUGGAGGAGGUAACUGAGGGCCGCAUCUGGAUCUUGGCCAAACAAGGCAUUCAAGUCCAAUCCGUGUCAGCAUCCAGGCAAUGUGUCUCGUGUCUGGUAACUAUCGACAAUAUCUCUCCUUUUAUGCUUUCAGUGGUCUAUGCCAGCUGCAACAAGGAUCAUAGGAAGGUCCUAUGGGAUGAAUUAAGGAGGAUCUCCUCCAUUGUGCCAGGUCCAUGGAUGGUAUGCGGGGAUUUUAACACAACGGUGCCUAUUGAAGAGAGGUUGGGGGGAGUCACCUCUUUCACGGAGGCGACGCGUGACUUCAUCGAAGCCAUCAAUGAUUCAUGUCUCAUUGAUGCUGUUUUUAACGGAUCCACGUUUACCUGGUGCAAUAACAGGUCUGGGAGGAGCCGUAGAUGGGCUAGGCUGUAUAGGAUGUUGCUCAAUGGCUCUUGGUUGAGUUCACUCCCGAUGUUCACUAUCAACCACCUCACUAGAUCCUGCUCGGACCACUCUCCGAUCCUCCUGAGGUUUAAGGAUAACAGUGCAAAUUUCCCUCAACCCUUCCGAUUCCAACGCAUAUGGACCACCCACGAUGAUUUCAAAAGAGUUGUCAGGGAAGCCUGGGAUGCUGAAGUGGUAGCCGCUCCAAUGUUUAAAGUUUUUAUCAAAAUGAAGCAUUUGAAAAGGAAGCUUAAAGAUUGGAAUAAGACAGUAUUUAGGGACGUUCACAACAAUGUGCAAAAUGCUGAGGACGAGAUAGCUAGAGCUGAAUCAAACCUUAUCCAUUCUAACUACACCGACAACUUGGAGAAACUGCAGAUUGCCCACGAAAAUCUCAAGCGGGCUCUCCUUCAACAAGAGUUAUUUUGGAAGCAAAAAUCUAGAAUUCGAUGGCUGCAAGAAGGGGAUCGGAACACCAAAUUCUUCCACAAGUCGGUAAUGGAGAAGCGCCAAAAGCAGGUGAUAGACAAAAUCAGAUCUCUAAUGGGGGAGAUCCUUGAAAAAUGCAAGGACAUUGGAAGGGAGGCUGAGGAUUACUUCAAGGAUCUCUUCUCAUCUCAGCAUAGGGCAGCAAAUGCAACUAUUUUAUCAUUUAUCCCAAUGGUUGUCACGGAACAAAUGAACUCGGAUCUGAUGAGGCCGGUUACGCUUGAAGAGGUGUGGCAGCGGCGUUUUCCAUCCCGAUCGAUAGUGCUCCUGGGCCGGAUGGGUUCGGUGGAGCUUUCUUCUCAUCUUGUUGGGACAUCGUCGGAAAUGAUGUUUUUGAAGUGA